AUGUUUGUAUGGUACAGUCAGGACUGUACAUGUACACCAGUUGUCAUCACAUUUGGAAGUAGGGCCCAGAGUUUUUCUGGUGUUGGUGUGGUUGUUGGAAUCACUGACAUUAUUCUUCUUCUUUCUGUGUCUGUGUGUUUAUGGCACAAACAGGGCUCAUAUUUACACCAGCUGUCAUCAGAUUCAGAACGAGGGUCGAGAGUUCUUCGGGUUAGAGAAAAUGCUGGGCCCUCGAUCAUAAGCCAUGCUGCCCCUCAGACAUUUUAUCGGGAAAAAGGUUGCUCCUCCUGUAUCACUUUGUAAUGAGAGAACUAGCAAUGCAGAGUCCCUACUAUGAAUAUGUUUGGUCAACAAAAUACAUAUUAUUUUAAUAAUACAUUUUCUAAAUUAAUUUUUACAUUGAAGAUAAGGAAUAUUGAUUGUUAUACACAAUACUGACACAUUGUUUGUAAAAUAUGCUGUUAGUUUUUGCAGUAUAUUUGGAUUUCUGCACAUGCAAUCAUUUUCCUCUUUAAGCCCCAUAGUUGAAGGAAUACGUGGUAUAAGUCUGUUCCUGUGCGACAGCCUUAGUCUGGCUUGGUAUGCCAAUUUCAUGUAAGCAAUAUUCCCCUCGCCUCAUAACAUGUAUCAUUCACAGCUGACUGUUAUUUUACAUUUUAGUCAUUUAGCAGACGCUCUUAUCCAGAGCGACUUACAGUUAGUGAGUGCAUACAUAGUACAAAUUGCACAGAAAUAACAGGAAAUGAAUGUUGAUGUAUUCUAGGGAGAUCCCAGUACUUCAUCUUAUUGACAGCAGGCUAUCUAUUCUAUAUGGAGGACUAAAAGUGCCACAAUUAAAUAAAUAAAUACACCAUUAAAUAAUUACUUAAAUGUGUCAUUAAUUAAUUAAAAUUAGAAUUAAAUACAUAAAUGUGUUAUUAAAUGUGUCAUUAAUUAAUUCAAAUACCGAUUCAUUUUAUGUAAAAUACAUAUAUAAUAAUUUCACUAUUUACAUUUACAUUUCAUGGUCCUGCGUUGGAGUGCUUCCUGAAUUACUUAAAACUGUCAAACUGACCCAUCAAAAGUUGGUAGGCGGAACCUAACGCCUGAUUGGUUACCCUCUGCAUCAAGCCAAGACAAAUCAAUUCCGGAUAAUGUCAGCAGGUCCUGCUUCUACAUCCUCUGCUAAGUUUAAAAUGUCUCUAACCAACUCCCUGGAAAGUUCACGGAGAUCCUCCAUUGUCUCUAUCCAGGUUGGCCUACUCUACUUCAGACCAAAGCAAUGGAUCAGACUAGAUUCGCGUUAGCCCCGCCCACUGACUUUGAUGGGUCAGUUUGACAGUUUUAAGUAAUUCAUGAAUCACUGCAAUGCAGGAUCAUGAAAUGUAAAUGUAAAUAGUGAAAUAAUUAUAUGUAUUUUACAUAAAAUGAAUCGGUAUUUGAAUUAAUUAAUGAUACAUUUAAUUACACAUUUAUGUAUUUAAUUCUAAUUUGAAUUAAUUAAUGACACAUUUAAGUAAUUAUUUAAUGGUGUAUUUAUUUAUUUAAUUGUGGCACUUUUAGUCCUCCAUAAUUCUAUACCAUAUGUCACUCAGCUGACUUGUUGUAUUGCGAUGCAAAUGAAACAAAUGCAAACGCUAUAGUUGUCUUCCGUAUGGAGAGAGUAGUCUUAAGCUAUAUAGAUUGUAUAAACCUGUUUUGUAAUUUGUACGCUUUGCCUGGAUAUAGAAGACCUUACUGCCUGUACAUAAGCAAAAGCAAAUAUGUAGUAAUGGCUAGACAUGUUAGUGAAAAUGCAGGUGUAGUAACUUUCCCUCAAAACGUUUUGGGCCAGUUUCCUGGAUAAAAGCAUGCUCAAUGGAAGUUCUCUAUUGAAUUUGGUUUUUAAUCCAGGACUAGGCUUAAUCUGUGUCUGGGAAACUGCCCUGUUUGAGUACAACUAUUGCACUGUUUGAGUACAACUAUUGCACAUAAGCUUCAUACCAAAUUAUCUGCAUGAUAAAGUAUGUAAAGUAUAAAACAUAUACUUAUUUUCAUUACGACCAUAAUAACCCACACACUUCAGACAUUCCAUGAGUAAGUCAUUAAAUCUAUGCAUCACAUUCCAUGUUCACCAUAGAACUAUAGAACCCUAUAUACUGUAUAUUUCCCUAGUUUAGUAAAAAAUACUUUAAAGUACUACUUAAGUAGGUUUUGGGGGUAUCUGUACUUUACUUUUACUUCACUACAUUCCUAAAGAAAAUAAUGUACUUUUUACUCAAUACAUUUUCCCUGACACCCCAAAGUACUCAUUACAUUUUGACAGGAAAAUGGUCCAAUUCACACACUUAUCAAGAGAACAUCCCUACUGCCUCUGAUCUGGCGGACUCACUAAACACAAAUGCUUUGUUUGUAAAUGAUGUGUGCCCCUGGCUAUCCUUCAAUAAAAAAAAUUGUGCCGUCUGGUUUGCUUAAUAUAAGGAAUUUGAAAUUAUUUAUACUUUUUAUUUUACUUUUGAUACUUAAGUACAUUUUAGCAAUUCCAUUUACUUUUGAUACUUAAGUAUAUUUAAAACCAAAUACUUUUAGACUUUUACUCAAAUAGUAUUUUACUGGGUGACUUUUACUUGAGUCAUUUUCUAUUAAGGUAUCUUUACUUUUACUCAAGUAUGAAAAUUGAGGACUUUUUCCACCACUGGUUUAAUAUACUAAUUUGCACUUAAGAAUACAGCAGUGUUCCAAACUAUCUCUUAUUAAAUUAUUUUUAUGUACGUAAAACAUAUAAUUGGUAUGUAUUGGUAAGUUUGAACGAUGACAGGUUUGUGUUUUAAAUAAACAAGCUUAAAUACAUGUAACUUAACUUUCCUUGUGCAUAUUUAUUGUGUCCAUUGAGAUGAGUUUAAUCUCUCUAAAAUCUAAUCUCUAUGGUCCUGGUCAAAAGUAGUGCACUAUAUAGAUAAUAGGGUGCCAUUUGGGAUGUAUUUAUCUCUAGGCACUGUGAUGCCAUAGGAGUCUACAGCCAUUUCUCAGGGCAAAGUAAAGGCUUAUUUCUAGAAGUAUUUGGCACGUGAACAACCCUCUACAAAAGGAUUUGUUUAAAAACGAGUGAGAUGGAAUGUGCAGUGAUGAGCACAGAGCGUACUGUACACUAGUCCUGGCAUGGUAAAAUAAACACAGAGAGGCUGCUAUGGUUCUUCCUCCGUAAAAGCAUUCGAACUAAGAAGUGGCGAAAGACUGGGUAUUGGUUUUAUAGUGACAUUUGGACAAAGGUAAGUGAUGUUUUUGUUGAAAAAGGACUACAGUUAAACGGAAAACCUUACAAUAUACAGUUCUUCUUCAGCCUAUGUAACAAGGGUCGUUAGGCUCAGUUGAUAAAGUGUAGACUUCUGUCUGGAGCUACUGCUGGCUUUUUCUUCUCUAGGCACAACUUCUGGGACUCAGAAUUCUCAUCUUGUUUUCAUCACAGUGGACACAAAAGAGUCCUUCCUGGAGCUUGUACAACUGCUGUCUGUCUCUGUUGGCAAACAUAACUGACAAGGGAUAUGAUCUUUGUCAUUCCCAGCGCAACCACAGCUCCUGCUCCCUUCAACACCAUGGCUCGGUCCAAGAGUUCCAAGUCAUCCGGGACCUGCUGUAACCUGGUGAUGGCACUGCUGACCCUGUGGUCCAUAGUCUCCCUCAUUGUUAUCGUGGUGUGGGCCACCUCUCCUCACAUGAAGGGUGUGGCCCUGUGCAAGGUAGCCCAACAGGUGUGUGGACCACAGUGUGCCUGCUUGUUUAGCAGUAUGGUGCCCUCCCUAUCUGGGUACAACCCAGGGUACACUGUCUGUACAAUAGCUCGAGCCAGGGCUUACCGGUACAAUCUUAACUCUGUUACACAGGCCCUGACGGAGAAGAUGGAGGGGGCAAAGGUUGUGUGGGAGAAGGAAAAGCAGGCCUUGCUGGAGGCGAUAAGGCUGAGCCAGGAGAACCAAACCACACUGCAGCAGGAGAUGGAGGUUGUCGCUGAAAGACUGAGAGAGACUAAUGUGUCCCUGAGCCUCAGCCUGCAGGAGAAUGUGUGUUUACAUGUAGCCUUCAAUGACAUUUGCAUGUUUGACAUCCUUGUUCAUGUUCAGAAUACAUAGAUUAUAGAUUGUAUGCUGUUCAUGUUCAGAAUACAACUCCUUGGAAUCAAAACUUUUGGUCAAAACGAUCCAUUCUAAAACAACAUAUCCAUAUAGAUUGUCAGUGACUCUAGUAUUGCUUUGUAUACAGGCGAUGCUGCAUGAGAAUGAAACAGCACUAAGGAAUGCUAUUUGCCUGCACAGAGAGACACAGAGAAAUCUGUCCCUCGAUCUGAGUCUACAGAGAGGUACAGUAGGACUGGAUCAAAUAAUAUUGUUUAUUAUUUGAUUUAACCUUUAUUUAAGCAAAGUCCCAUUGAGACACAGAGUCUCUUAUACAAGGGAGACCUGGCCAUGAAUCAUAUCACUCUCGUGAUAGUGAUUACAGAAUAAACAACAGGUCUUACAUUAUAAAUGUUAUUUUAUGGAACUGGAAGAUGUUGUUUAAUAAUGUUCCGUUUUUUAUUUCUGUAGACCUUUUUGAGUGGUUACAAUUCAACUUCACCCAAGCUGUCCACCAGUCCCACUCCUGCUCUGCUUCAUGUGAUGCUUCAAAUAGCCAGGAGGUGGCAGCAAUGAGUCAAAUGAAAGCCUGCGAGUCCAGCAAACACUAUUUGAGGACACAAAUGUGAGUAUACAGCAGCUCAUAUGUAAAAAAAUAAAUUAAAAAAUACAUACAUACAAAAAACUAAACUAAAAGGUGUAGUUGUGAUGUGGACACCAGCAAUCCCAUUAUUGUUAAGUUUCAUUUCCACUAAACAAAGAUCUUAAAAAGUACAUGAUGUUUUGUAUUACAGGGAAAGAAGAGGUUGCAAGAUCAAUGGUAAUUCACCACAAGAAUCACUUCUGUUUAUUGCUCAUACAUACUAUGAUUGAUAACCUCAUAUAAGUAGGCUUGUAUCAAACCAACAUGGCAUAAUAGUUUGCAAUUGCUUUAGUUUAUCUGUGUCCUACUGUCUUUUUUCCUACUUUCUCUCAGGAUUGUCAACCAUAGCUUUUUGACUGUGAGGAGAGAACAAGGAUGGCCUCCUCGUGAAUCUGAGGGGUUUAGUAAUGUGAUUAACACAUACUUAUACCACUGUGCUCUGUGUGUACUGUUAUAUAUUAUAUUUUUCUGUAGGGUUGGAAACAUUUUGCACUGCUUUGCCAUAUGUCUGUGUUGAAUUAUUCCUCUGUGGAUAAAACACUCUUGGGGGUAGAUCAGCUUUAAUAU